AUGUCCGCCGACGACAUCUACCCCAUCCCUUGCGCCUUCUGCAACAUCUCCUCCGCCUACCCAGCAGAAACCUCCCCCAUCCCAUCAAGCCCCGACCCCGAAAAAGUCGACCCCCAAUGCCACCUCAUCCUCUCCACCCCCCACGUCCUCGCCUUCCUCGACAUAAUGCCCAUCUCCCCCGGCCACAUCCUCCUCACGACCCGAAACCACUACCGCAAGCUCUCCGACCUGCAACCCCCCACCCCCACCCACACCGACUGGGCCUCACAACGCACCGCCUCCACCGCGCUCGAAACCUCCCGCGCCUUGGGCGAAUACCUCCCCCUCCUGUCGCGCGCGCUGUGCGCCGUCACGGGCAUCGAGGACUGGAAUGUGGUGCAGAACAACGGUGAGCGCGCCGCGCAGGUCGUGCCGCAUAUUCAUUUCCAUUUGAUCCCAAGGUAUCAGGAGGGGCGGAAGGAGACGCAGCGGAAUGGGCGCACGGAUUAUGGGAUGCUGAAGAGUUGGAGGAUGUUUGGACGGGGGAGUCGCGAGGAUUUGGAUGAUGAGGAGGGGGAGGUGUUGGCGGGGGAGUUGAGGGAGGCGUUGAAGGGGGAGAUUGAGGGGAGGUGUGGGAAGGUGAAGUUGUGA